UCUUCCCACCUUUCCACGGUCGAAAACAAUAACACUGAUUUGGCGAAUGUUCACGUUAGGAGUCUUUUCGUUUUUUCUCUCCUUGCACCGUCUGCAAAGAUUUCGUAUGGUUUCCACAGCCACCGCUGCCGCCAAUUCCCAGACAUUUGAGAUUACCGUCAAACGCACACAUACAGACACAGCGUGACUAACCCGGAACCCCCUACGACCGGGCGUCGAUCUUAUGGAAUUGAAACAUUUCUACCGACUACGUGCAAACGAACAUUAGAGUACUUAGUAAUAGAUAGAAUAAUAUUAAUAAAAUUAAUAGUUAUUAGGUGUUUAUUAUACCUAUAUCAAAUAUACGAGAACACUAUGGCAGAUCCGAUAGAGCCAAAAAACAUUGCUGACGACGUGAUCGGGGCACCUGGUGAUAAGAGAAAGAUGUCAUCUGACAUGAGUCCAGAACAGGCCAACGUCAUAAAAAAGCUUAAAGAGACCAAAACUCAACCGGACACAUUGUGCCAGUGCCCUCAGAAAUGUUCAGAACGUGUACCGCAGCGGUCUAAGGAUGAGUUAUUUAAAAUUUUUGUGGAAAUGGACAGUGAAGAUGUACAAAACAAAUUUUUACAGAAGUUUAUUGAAGCUCGACCUGUUGCCAAUCGAUUGUUUAGUAAAGAGACUACAGCUAAUGGUAAACUAUUAAGAAGGAUUCACUGCAAGUAUAGAAUACCUUCUUUCAUAUCCGAAGAUUUUAUGUCAAAUAUAAAUUGUGAUUCAGACAAAGACGAAGAAUCAGACUUUGAUGAAACAUCUUCAGUGGCGUCUUUGGAUUCCAAAGAAGAGAAUGACAAAUCAUUAGAAAGUGAUUCAACUGAGACAUCAAGAAAAUCUUUAAGUCGUUACAACUGUGUAGAUGUCUGUCAAAAAGCAUUUCUUAAUUUGUUCGGUUUAUCAGAUAAACGUUUAAAAACUGUUAGAGAGUUAUUGAUAAUUAAAGCACGCCAAAAGCACAUGAAACGUAUGAUGGAAAAGGAAGAAAAUCAAAUAGAAGUAUCUUUAGCAAAGGAUCUUGCACAGGGUUGUUUGCCAUUGAUGGCACUUUUUAACAAAGAAGAUAGUAAAAAAGUAUCUGAUCAAUUGAUGACUGCUAUUAGCAAUGACAUAAAUUUAGUAAAUAACUUUUUUUGCAAUCAGCUAUGGAAACCAGAGUACAUUAACCAAAAGCCAUCUGAAUGAGUAUAAAUUAUUUUUAAUAUAUAUUUCGAUGAUUUUUAAAUGUAAUUGAUUGGAUUAGUAAUUUGUUUAAAAUCAAUUGUCUGGUACUACUUUAUUAUAAAUCCAAUUCAAUAUUGUUCUGAAUUCAGGGGAUUAUACUUAAUGUACAUUUUUAUAAUAUUGUACUAGUUUAUUAAACGUUAGUUGACUGGGGUUGUUAAAAUAUCUAUGUUUUCUAACUAUUCAAUGUUUUUAAUCACUUAUUUUGGUGUUAUACCUAAUUAAAUAAGUAUGUUAUGUUAUAUCGUCUAACAAUUUAUUUUUUUAAAGUUAAACAAUUAUAUAUUAUUACAAUGUAUGUACAAGAACAAAUAAACAAAAAUACAAAAUUUUAAGUUUAAGUUUAUUAUUAUUAUUUUUAUUAUUAUUAUUAUUAUACAUAUUUUUAUAGUAUAAAAACAUAGAAUUAUGAUUGGCUCUUGGUUUAUAUUAUUAUUAUUAUUAUUAUUAUUAUUAUAUUUAAUGUUAACAAAAAGAAACCUUAUUAAAUAGUACAAAGCUAAGUAAAUAGGUGACACAACUAUAGUACUACAUUAAGUUUUUGUUUAACUUAAUAUUUUAUUAAGGUGUCUAAAUUAUGUUAUAUAUUGACUUGCAGAUAUGUUAUAAAUUCAAAUGAAUAAAAAAUAGUAAAUUUAUUCUGUACAUUUAGAAACUAAGAAGUUAGUAUUCCUUUUUUAGAUUUUAAGAUUAGUAGCCUCCAUUAAUUAUGUAUGAGUUAAUUUUGUCCGAGUAAUAUUAUAUUAUUGUCAGUAUUUAUUUAUUUUAUUUGUAUACAUCUAAUUAUGCAUUGUAUGACUCCAUUUUUUGUUUUUGUUUUUUAUAUUGGUACUUUAAUUAUUCUAAGGGAGAUGAUACCAAAUCCACAUUAAUUAUGGUGGUCUUAAUUAUACCAAACACCCAACAACUAUUCAUUGUAAAAUGGGUUACAUCAUUUUAUAUAUUAUAUACAUUUUUAUUUUUUAACUAUAUUUUUAUUAAAACUACUAUUAUUUUUACAUGUAAACUUUAAUUCAAGAUUCAAAUUAGAUUAUAAGAUGUGUUAAUAACUUGUGACGAAUUUAUAAUAGUAAUACAUAAAAACUAUAUUUAUAAAAUAUUUUCACAAAAUAAUUUUAUAUUUUCAAGACCAAUGGCGUACCAAUGUAUAGUUUUAUGAAUUUAAAUUUGUUUAAAGCCUAUUUUUCAAAUAUAUAUUUUUUCACAAGUAUUAAUAUAAUUAAAUGGAAUACCAAUAUUUUAUAAAACCCCAAGCCAAAUAAAAGAACGAUAUUAAA